AUUUUCACCACAUGCAAAGCAUUUUUUCACCGAAUAGCUUCUUCAUCUUCUUGCUUCGGCUUCGCUACAUAAAGCAAAUCUCUCUACCAUGGCGAGACACGCUCGAAUCGCCCGGAGAAAUCCAUGACACUCGGUAUCGAAUUCCCAUCUUCCGCCUGUCUGCAGGUGAGACACUGGAACAUGGCGUUCAUCUGCCCCGGAGUAUAAGUUGCAUCAGUUAGAAAUUUCUGUUCUUUACAUCGAUAUUAUCGAACGUCUUCUUCCAAUGAUUUUUCGGAGACUUUGCCUUUCUAUUGCCCAUUCUGACCUCCAUUUGCCAACCUUUCACAAAAGAAUUGGGUGCCAAUUUACUUCUACCAGGUCAAGUCCGACUUUUUUCUCUCGGAAUUGUUAUAAGCCAACAUCUCAGAAACUCUCUGUGGCUCCUCGUUUUGUUUCGUCGAAUUGCGAAAUGGGUGAUGCACGAAGACCCCCUGCUGUACCCAUUCCAUCGCUUGACAAAGCUGAUAAGAACGAAUUGCUAAGAGCCCUUGAAGCCUCAGUGGGUUCUUCAUUUAGUCUUGAACCAUUGCGCCCUGUUCCAAAACCUUUGAUUAUUGUCAUUAGUGGACCAAGUGGAGUGGGCAAAGACGCAGUCAUUAAAAGACUGAGGGAAGUUAGAGACAGUCUCCAUUUUGUUGUUACUGCGACUAGCCGGCCAAUGCGACCAGGUGAAGUUGAUGGGAGGGAUUAUUACUUUGUCACUAAAGAGGAGUUUCUCUCCAUGGUUGAAAAGGAUGAACUACUGGAGUAUGCUUUAGUGUAUGGUGACUAUAAGGGUGUUCCAAAGCAGCAAAUACGUGAGUACAUGGCAAAGGGGUACGAUAUCGUGUUGAGGGUGGACAUACAAGGGGCAGAAACCUUGAGGAGGGUUCUUGGGCAGUCUGCAGUUUUUAUAUUUCUGGUUGCAGAGAGCGAACUGGCACUUGUUCAGCGGUUGAUUGGUCGGAAGACGGAGACUAAAGAAUCGCUUCUUGUCAGAAUAGCGACGGCACGUGAGGAGGUCAGACAUAUUAAUAAAUUUGAUUAUGUUGUUGUGAAUGAAGAAGGACAGCUGGAGAAUGCUGUGAAAUUGGUGGAGUCCAUCAUUGAUGCCGAGAAAGCUAAAGUUAAACAAAAGGCUGCUGUGAUAUAGGGAACAUAGAUUAACUUCAUUUUCAAAGAAUGUGCAUUUGUUACUGCGAGCUUAAAAAGCCCUGGUCUUUCUUAUCAAGGCAUUCAUCUGCUGUUUGGCAGUUAGCUUAUGGGAGCUUUUAUGGAGACAUCUGUGAUUUAUUUAAUAAAAGAAGAUGCAGAAGGUUGAUAAGCUUUCAUUUGAGUUUCAUUAUUCUCCUUUGACUCUUUGAGAUUCUCAAGGAAGUUGCAGGAUGGAAUCUUACACGUAGAACAGGCCAAGCUUUUUUUUUUCAGCUGAUGUAAUACAUGGAAAAAAAGGCAUCUAUGUCGUAAAAUCAUGCAUAUCUGCAGUUUUGAACGGUGUGAUUAGUCAAUGAAGAGCAUGAGAAUAAGAAAAAAAUCAUCAUGAUGAACUCCUAAAUAAUUGUGGAAGUUAUUGAAGAGCCUCCAUAUCCAACAUCUUUCUUGGCUUCCUCAGGGCACAGCAUCAAUGAGCUACUGUUGCUAAAUCUGAAUCUCUUUACUUAUGGUUAGCUUUCUUUCUCCCCUAGUUCUUCCCUAUUAUGUUUGCGGGAGCAGCAAGAUUUUCGUAGUUAGCUGGAAAGCAGUCUGUAACACGUACGAUUAUUGCUUGGUCCUUUGAGACGUUUGAUGUCCUGUUCGCGGUCAUGUCCAAUGUAUUGCUUAUUGCAUUU